AUGUCUACGGAAGUUAAGUCCCUUCACGAUGAUCUUCUAAGCCAGUUUGUGGCCGGAAACCAGCCCCUUGACGGCAAGUCAGUUUCACUGACUUUUGUCCGCGUCCUCAAUGUUUCUCCUGGUGCGAAAUGCAUCAGUAUUGAGUGCACCUACAAGGACCAGCCGGCGAUUCUAGUUCUGGAGAAAACGGCUUUCGAGGAAGAAGUCACGAAGCAAAUUGCUUCGAACUUUGGAGAAGUUUUGGAGAACGUCAAAAACAUUUUCCGAAAUGACAUUUACGGGUCGUAUCUGAUGGACAUUAGUCUUAAAGAUGUUGAAAAGAACAACAUAAACAAGAUUGCCAUCCGAAUCAUUCACCCUGCAACUCAACGCGACAUUGAAAAGUACAUGAACCAUCCGUACUUUUUUGUCUUCGAAACAGCGGAUCUGUACAAAACGGUCACAAAGCCGUUCAUUGAGAAGCUUGUAACGACUCCUGGACACCUUCAAUGGGUCUAUAACAUCUUGGAGCACAAGAAGGAGGUUGAUCGAAUAGUUUACGAAGAAAACAUCGACAACGAGAAUGGAUUUAUUCUCGUAAAAGACAUGAAAUGGAAAAUUGACAAAGAAGUGCUUUCAGAUCUAGAAAAGCUGGAAAUCUACAUCAACGCUUUUGUCGUUCGCCGAGAUCUCCAUUCGCUUCGUGAUUUGAACCAAGAUCACCUGCCACUUUUGGAAGGCAUCUUCACGCGUGGACGUAAGGCUAUUGCAGAAAAGUUCUCUCUGGAUGAAAAGGAGCUACGAGCAUUCAUCCACUAUCAGCCUUCGUUUUAUCACUUGCACGUGCACUUUACGCACAUCAAGUCGGAACACCCAUCAUCUCAAACCGAGCGAGCUCACAUGCUUUCUUCGGUUAUCGAAAACAUUCGUCUGAUGGGCGACUAUUACCAAAAAGUUGGCAUCGAGUUCCCCCUGUCUAAUUCUCAUGAACUGAAACGCGAACAAUUUCAGUAA